GGUGGCCUCAGCCAGGAUGGGGUGUUGGAGCAUGUGCUUCAGUGCUCUCCUGAUGGGGUACUACAGGCUCUGAUGGAGCAAGCUCCUUAGCUGCAGUGCUGCCUGUAAGCAGAUAAGCAGCUCUGGGCACAGGCACUGUCCCAGCUGGAGACUGCACGUGAUGGGAGCAUGCUGAACUGGGGCCACUCUGAGCAGGACAGCCAAAUUGGUGCCCAGGUGGUUCUGCUAGGAGGCUGUGUAUCCUGGGUGCCAGCAGGAUAGCAGUGCCCUAGUGGUGGCAUUGGGUGUCCACUGCAUGGGGGUCUUCUCCAUCUGGGGCAUGAACUCAGUGGCUAAAGCCAUAAGAUUUUCUGCAGGCUGGCAGCAAAUGGGAAACAGAGAUGUGUGCAGGAGAGGGAAGAUGGGAUGUGGAAUAGGGCGAGGAACAGCCGAAACUGCCUGUCAUUUGCACGGGCAUGGGACUCUAUGGCUGAAAUGGGGCUCUGAGCAAUAGUCCAGCAUGGGACAUCAAGAUCAGCACCAGCAAGGACAUCAAGACUUCAAUCUUAAUGUAGAGAAUUGAAAGUUCCUGCCACCAAAGAUCUGUCCUAUUCAACUAGCUUAGAGAAACAUUUUCUGAGGCACUGGGAUAGGUUUCCUGGAGAGGUGGUGGAUCCCCCAUCCACAGAGACACCCAGGGUCAGCUGGACGGUGCUCUGAGCAACCUGAUGGAGCUGUAGGUGUCCCUGUUCAUUGCAGGGGAGUUGGACUAGACGGUCUGUAAGGGUUCCUUCCAACUCAAGUGAUUCUUCCAUUCUGUGAUUUUCAAACUGGAAACUGAGCUGAAACCUGUGCAAGCUUUGUUUCUUGAGGGAAGGUAGCACCCCUGCAAUGGAGGUCUCAUGGAGCAUUGGAGGUUGGGCUCGUGGAGGUGCAUGGUGACAGCCUGCAUCUUGUUGUGGAAAUCUGAGUGCUCUUGCAGUCAGUGCUUGGGUGUUUUGGGGAAUACUCCUGUCAUACAGGAGAUAAGGGCUGGGGUGGCCCCUCUGCUGUUGGUGUGCAAGAUCUCCAGCAUAGGGACCUCCUCCUUCACUUGGGAAGAGGAAAAGGAGGAGGAGGGAGUCAAGGAGGCAAGGGGGAGUUGAGUCUAUUCUCCCUCAUUUAUGGACAUCCUCUGUGCUACUGCCUUGGAAAGACCCCUGGUCUCUCCUGCUGGGGAAAGGGAGACCUUUCACUGGCAUUACCUUGUUCUCUUACCUUUCCCCACAGUUUGAUCAAACCUUCUGCAGCAGGCUGCGAGGGCCAGAUGUCUGCGAUACGCACCAAUAUAUUGCAGCAGGGAAGAACAAAUGUGCAGUGAAUUGGAAAACGUGUCUUAAAAAAGCACAAAUGGGGAGCACAAUAGCAAGUGCAGUACCUUUGUGUGAGUCGCUUAUGUAACAACAUAAUUAAGAAGAACUUAUUAUGGCUUAAAAUGUGUCACCAAUCAAAGCUUACGUUUUUCUCCUCUUCCUGCAACCAGCCUUAAAAAGUGAUAUUUGAAGCUUUCUGUUCUUCUAGGUUCUAUUAUAAAUGGAUUUUAUUAGCAUUUUCACUGUUGAGGCAUUUCUGUGUUGUAUUGCUUCUAACGUAUACAGUUUGCUCAUUCAAGGAUAUUAAGGAGAAAAAAAAAGCAAUGGAUGUGCAGCACUGCUGUUCAUCUGUUUUUGUUUUUAUGAAUGAAUCAGAAGAUUCUGAGCUCACACAGGCUCCGUGAUGGCCCAGUUUGCAAGAACUUUGAACAUUCAAAGAUCUUAGUUGAUUCUUUACAGCAAUAGGGAAAAGAAUUAAAAGCAGGCUUAAUGAGUUAUUAGCCAGGAUUUCAGAACUGGAAGAUAGUGGGGCACAGCCUUAAAAAGUGGUGUUGUUAUUUUAUGCAUACUAUAUACGUAUUAUUGUAGAGUUAUCCCUCAAUAGCGCUGUCUUCCCUCUGUGUGCUGUGCCUCCUACAACCACCCCUCACCUUCUGCACUUUGUAUAAACGUCACUGUACAGCAAGGGAAAAGGAGCAUCUCCUCCUUGCAAGUAUCUCAUGUUGAUUCACUGCUAUACAACUGUUCAUCCUCUAAUAGUGCAGGAUUACAAAGCAUUAUCAUCCUCAGAUUGACUCAGGUAGUGCUAUUUUUAUUUAAUCUGUAUUAAGGUAUCAUUGUGAAUCUUUGGUCCUGCAGCAUGGGGAUAAUACGAUUUACUAUUUUUAUAAAAAAUCAACAUGGCUGUGCAAAUCCUGCCCGUACCAAGAGCUGCAAAGAUUAGGCAUGAGCUCAGCACAUCUUUUUUUUUUUUUUUUUUUUUUUCCUACAUUUCUUUCUUUAAAGUGCAUCAUUAAAUUUUUAAUUUUCUUGUGACCUCAAUCAUGUUGGCCAAGCUUGGAAUAAAAUAUGAGGGCGUGUUGACCUGUAGCCCUUGCUGGGAAGAGCCUUGCUUGCAGAGAUUGGAAGGGAGCUGUCCAUUCAGACCUGGCCACGUUGUUCUUUUCAGGGAGGAGGUGUCUGAUGUAGGAAGGACAGGUGGUAGAAUAGGAUCCGUGCUCUCAUGGGUGGCCAACUGAUUCCAGCAACUAAUUCUUGUGGGUGCCAUUCUUGUGCUGCCUGCAUCCCUUUGCCUUGCUGGCUUUGGGGCCAGCUCUGCCCCGUCUGUAAAACACACUGAAAUUUGGCAUCUCCUUUUAUCAUCCUGCUGCAGCUUUUGCCCUGAUAAAGCCGAUAGAAAUGCAUGCCCCACUGUUGAGGUUAGCCUGAGGGUGCAGUCAGUACUAUCUACAGGCAGCAUAUCCGUCCAUCCUGGUUCCCGCUGGUCAGGCAGACAGCACCCAACCACUGCAGAGCUGCUCUGUUUUCCUGUCUUUUGCUGUGUUUGGCCUUUAUUGGAAGGGGAAGGCAAUAAGAAACAAGGCCUGUUUUUUUCUGAACUGGAACAAAUAUUCACACUUUGGAGCUGAUCAAAAUCAGUGUCCUAAUUUCUGGUUAAGAGCACAGCAGGCAAACACUGGGAAGCGCUACUGCGAGCCAGCAGUGUUGCCUCCAACUCUGCAAGGAUGCACCCACAUAGGUGUGCAAAGGGGUUCAGGACACUGAAAAAACAGAACCAUCUGGGUUGGAAAAGCCUUUCAAGAUCAAGUCCAACCAUCAGCCUGACCUACUGAGUCCCAUCACUGAGCCAUGUCCCUUUGUGCUGUAGUGCCAUGCACAUGUGCAAGUAUUUCUGCCCCCUUCAAGCCUUCAUCUGCAAAGAAAGAGAACAUUACAUCUUCCUCAUUAAUUAUAUACAGAAAUGCCUAUCCUUUCAAUAACUACAUAAUUGUUACUGCCUGCAUUUAAAAAAUGAUGGUCAUUGUAGCUGUAGUGCUUCGUAGUGCUGACUGGGCAAUGCAGCGGGCCUGUUGGAAGGUGUGUUUGACAGGUGUAGGUCAUGAGGAUGCUGAAGGUUUUCUACUGGAGCCCUUCUUACAAAGCCUUUCGGCUCUGUUCAGCUGAUGGUGAGCUGUUGAGGCAAGUAUGGGAGCCAGCUGGUGAAAUCUGACCUGUUUUGUGGCAUGUAAGGUUGGUGAACAUAAGCUGUCGGAUUGACUGUAAUAAAAUAAAAUGAAUAACUUGACUUGGGGUACACACUGGAUUUGAGAACAGCCAGAUGUGAAGGCAGGGAGACAUUUCUAAACACUAAUUGAAAGAUUUUUUGAAGUAAAGGCUGAAAACAUCCUCCCAUCCUGAAGUUUUGACCUAUCUAAUGUAACUCUCCCUUUAAAAGAACAACAUGCCCCAAUUCAUUUUAGUCCUUUUACCUUUAGCCUGUGUUUAGCAUUUGGGACUACCAUUAUUUCAUGAAACGUCAGCAUUAAGGCAUGUAUUAAUCUGUGUCCAUCGCCUUUCAUUGUUUGUUGUGUACUGCUACUACCUAUAUGUCAGAAUAGGUAAUUAUAUAUCAUCAUUUAUACUUGAAUCAUGAAGGCAGUUUGUUUUUAUGUCUCCUUCUAAGUUAAAGUACCUUCUUUCUGAAUCAUGAUGAAAUAUUUUAACUCUAAUAAGGUGUACAAUGGCUAUGCUAAUGCAAGAGUAUGAAAAUAGAAACUUCAGCAUGCAGCAGCUCGAACAGAUUGUUUUCAGAAUGCACUGCGGGUACCUUCACUGAGUUUGUGUGCUUUCUAAGUAUUUUGAAUCUAAGGAAAAGAGCUUUUUCCUUUUGUUUUGCUCGGGUUUGUGUUCUAGUUGUUUUUGCUUGAAGAUGGACCAGAUAUAUUUGAUAAACUCUGCUCCUCACUCAGACAGUCGGGUAAGAGGAUUGAAUGGUCCCUCUUCCCCGCUAUGAAGAGAGUGGGAGAUGAAUUUACCUGCAAAAUGACAACUGAAUUGAGGACUGAGGGAUGAUAGCGUGGGCAAAAGAUGUUUCAGGGCUGGCAGGUACUAACAGCUGAAUUUUGUGGAGUACUUGCAAAACGACUGCAGAUUGUCCUCUUGAGCCAUAGGGAGGAUCUCAAAGGAAAAGAGUUUGAUUUUUGAGUUUUCCAGGCUGGCUGCUUCUUCAGCUGUUUCCAGACAGCUCCAAGCUCUGUGGUUGCGUUCCCUUCCAGCCAAAUGCUUUUUCUGCACUCUAACCUAAGAGGACAGUUGGCUUUAUGAUGCUCUUCAUCCUUCGCAUGAUGAUGAGGGAAUCGUUCUGUUUUUAGCUAAUCACAGGUCAAUUCUGACUUUUAUUUCUCAUCGCAUCUCAAGCUUCCUUCUCCCUUCAGCCUCCCAUGCUCUGUAAGGUGCUUGGGGUGAUGAUGGCUCAGCCUGCAGCCCAUGGCAUGGUGGGAGCAGGGACAGAUCCUCCUCCGUGGGAGUGCCUGUUCCUCCACAUCCAGGCAGGAUCCAGGGUUUGUUUGGUCUAAAUGCAAGUGAAGACCUGCAAGAACUGGUUUAAUAAUGGGAAUGUCAGCAGGCUCCGGAGUACAAUGAUGCUCCAGGAUGCUGUCAUAAAUCUGAGGUUAUGGGAUGACAGUUAUAAUGCAUGGCAUUGGGAGCAUGUGAAACUGCAGUCAUUAAGCAAAAAUGGGCUUUUAAACUAAUGGCAGAUGCCUAAACAGUUUUGCAGUGAAACCAAUUCCCUUAGGCCACCGUUCUUCCAAUUACACAGGUCCUGUUGACUUUUGAAAACAGGAAAAUAUUUUGGCUUUGGUGCUGUAGCAGUGCUUUUACUUUCUUCCCAGAGGUCAGGCUGCUAAGCUUUUGCUGGGUUUUAAGCUGGAGGUGUUACAAAAUGAUGAAUGGCAACAAUUCUGGAUAAUGCAUUCCUCAUCAUUCCCCCAAAUUAAGCCACCUGCAAUAGCAAGUAUUCACACCUGUUCCUGGCUGGAUUUUCAAGCCAGCGUGGGGGUGUUUUCUCCAUCCAAACUCAGCUGUGUUUAACCCAGUAGGUAGUUCUGUAAGAUGCCUCCGCUACACAGAAUUUUACCCAAAUAUCUCCAUCAAAACCUCAUUUCAGCUCCUGCUGCUUCAGAAUGAUACACAAUAAAGCAGUGUGUCGCCCAGUCUGCUCUGAAGCCAUCAUUCCCAGCCUAGAGCUGGAGGCAUUAGGAUGCAGGUAUUGCUUUCUCCUUUGCACCAGAGGGAUCCCAAUGGAGGUGUGCUCCCCCACCAACUGAGGCACGUUGGCCAGUUCCUUGAAGAGGCAUUACAGGAGCAUUAGGUGGUUGCAGAAGGCCAACUCUUUAUCAGCCAUCUGCUUUCACAACUUUUCCUUUCCCCUACCCAGCCUUGGCCUCUUCCUGGAAACAACAUGUUUGGGCUCCGUAUGCCUGUACCCCUUGUUUUUCAACUUGAUCAGAACUUGUCAUCUUUUUGGUUGUUUUUUUUUUUUUUUUUCCUUCUAUUACAUGGAGUAGAGGACAAGAGAGAAUAACUCUGACUGUGAGAGUAUGCAGAGCAGAAUUUGGUUCUUCAUAUCUCUUCAUAUCCUACACAGCUCAGAGCCCACUAAUCUUAUAAAGCCAGCUUCAGCCUUGGGCUGGCCUUACUUGCUGAGAAACUCCAGAUGCUUAUAUUUUUAAACAUACAAACAUAUAUAUAUAUAUACAAAUAUGCAUAUUUAUAUAUAUAUAGCUUUAAGCAAACAAUUCCAUUAGAUACAUAUGUGAAAUCCACAGAGACCAGCUGUAUUUUACUUGGAAGCUCUCCAUGCUGGGAGAUGACCAUUUAACGAGGGGUGUUAGGUUUCUCUAGGAGCCCUGCAAGACUGAGUAGAGGUUGGGAGGGAUGGAUAAGAAGUACCCUGAGACACUGGCUGCAGAUUUCAGCACCGUGCAGUUUGUUUCCUGGGUGCCACACGUGGUCGAGGCUCUCUGUAGGUUUUAACAUAGUGCUUCUUUCCACCACUUUGGUUCUAUCCCUUUCUUCACGAUCUGCCCUAGCCAAAAAUGUGUUUUCUGUGCAUAGAGCCUUCUGGAAGAGGAGAGCUAACUGCUGUGACUUAGGUGGUAUUUUCUCCUUUCUGAGGAGUCAGGAGAGAAGAGUGGAAGAAGAAAGGUUAAAUUAACAAGAACAUGAACAUUUGAGCAGAUGGCUGACCUUUCUAACACCAAGAACCAUUUAAUUUGAGAAAUUUGCAGGCUGUUGUAGGUUUGUCAUGCUCUUUUCAACCAUCUGAGUGCAGAUCCACGGUAUGAUUUAUUAGCCCACCACCGGGCUUUGCUGCCUAAUUUCCCUUCUGUUUGCACCACUGAACUCUGGGUGGAAUAAGCAAAAGGGAGAAGCGGCAUGUCUGCAUUAUAGGAGCAUUGAUUCAAAGCCCUGGAUGCUGAGGGAGGAGGGAUGCUGCUGGUCGUGCUGCAAGGAGCUCACUCCUGCAGACCCAGGUGCUCAGCCUCAGCCCUGAGCCAUCCUCCCCAGCAUGAGGAGGGACGUGGAACAGUUAACUGUGGUCAGGGAGGAGACAGAUGAUCAUCCUGCCCCAAAUCACUUAACCGUCUUAAGGGUCUACCCUUGUCUGCCUGGGCGAGCCAACUAAUCUUACAGCGAGCUGCACAAGUGGGCUUGGAGCUAUAUAUGGGACUGGGAGAGAAAGGGCACAAAGCAACCAAUUCCCCCGCACCACCUUUCCCCCCAAAAAACUGCUCAAUAUGCAUCCGAUUGCUACUUAAGGAAAAUCACUGCAGAUCAGCUGUUCUCCAUUUCAUGCUUUUUGGGAGAUGACAGCAGAUCGCACUUGGGAAAGUUGUUCGGCAAUGUGGGAGAGCGCACAUCUGCACAGCGGCCACACGUGAUGUCCUCAGUGGCCUCCUGGAGAGCCGCUGGGAUAAGUGCUGCUGGGAGUCCUGCCUGGGGUUUGGUGACGUUGGUCAACAUGGAGGAAUGACCGGGGGACACCGUAGGAGCGGUGUGUAAGGGAUGUACCAUGUUGGCCCGCCGCAAGUGGAAAACAGAGCGAAGGAUCUCUACCCGAGCGGCACACGUUUCUCUUACAGCAGCCCGGCUUUUCACUGCAGUUGGCUUCUCUUAAUUACUGCUAAUGCCUCUGCAGGCUGUGCUGCUGCAGAGAUGGGACGUGGCUGGCUCUGAGUCAGGGUGAGGAGACCGACCGUCCGCAAGGCUGACUUGUUUUUUUCUCAUUCAUCUUCCCUAAAUGCAGAUGUGACGCUGUUGAACCCCACUGCUUCACCCCACCAAAGCUACCAUUUUCUGACUGUUGUCAGAAAGUUGUUCUUGGCAAGUGGCUGUUUACUUCAUUCCUCUGCUGUCACUGUCUCCUGUCCGUCAGAUGCAGAUCUGUGCGUGCAAGCUCAGCUGCAGCUCAGUUUGGAGAAUUCUUUGAAGUAUUGUGGCUUUCUGCACUCUGUUUUUUUUUUAGCAUCACUUCUCUCAUUACCAGAGAUGGGCAGCUGUCCUUCCUUCCCCCACGUGGUUAAGCUUUUAACACCCUUCCCAUAACACGGGGUUAUGAGAUGCUCUAUGCAAGGGCAGCGACCCAUGUCAGUACCCCAGGUGCUGCAGGCACAGAUGCUCAGCCUCCAAGGGAGGCUUCUCAGGAAUUACUUCCAACGAGACGGGUUUCUCAGGAGCACUUGGGAGGAUUAGCUUGUGCCUGUCUGCCUAUCUAUCCAUCCAUCUAUUUAUUUUGAAGACAAGUGAUUUUCUUUGGCUUGGUGCCCUUUCUAAAAGCGUACUGUUUGCUAUUUGGAGCAGCACCCUUGGCUUUUCUUUUCUAAGUUAAAUGCUCCUUCACAACAGAGCUCCAGGCAAAUAUCACCUGAAAGCAUCUGAGCCAGGCUCUGGGCAAGGAUGGGGAAGCAGAACAGCAAGCUGCGCCCUGAAGUGCUGCAGGACCUGCGCGAGAACACCGAGUUCACGGACCACGAGCUGCAGGAGUGGUACAAGGGCUUCCUAAAAGAUUGCCCAACGGGCCAUUUGACUGUGGAGGAGUUCAAAAAAAUCUACGCCAAUUUUUUCCCUUACGGCGACGCAUCAAAGUUCGCCGAACACGUGUUCCGCACCUUCGACACCAACGGCGACGGGACCAUCGACUUCAGGGAAUUCAUCAUUGCGCUCAGCGUCACCUCGCGGGGCAAGCUCGAGCAGAAGCUCAAGUGGGCGUUCAGCAUGUACGACCUGGAUGGCAACGGGUACAUCAGCCGCGGUGAGAUGCUGGAAAUAGUGCAGGCAAUCUACAAAAUGGUUUCAUCAGUAAUGAAAAUGCCAGAAGACGAAUCCACUCCAGAGAAGCGAACAGACAAGAUCUUCAGACAGAUGGACACAAACAAUGACGGCAAGCUGUCCCUGGAGGAGUUCAUCAAAGGUGCCAAGAGCGACCCCUCCAUCGUGAGGUUGUUACAGUGCGACCCCAGCAGCGCGAGCCAAUUCUGAUGGGAGUGGACAGUUUGCAAGGAGAAUCUCAGCUUGUCUUUCAAGCUUUGCUCGCAAAUGGAUGCCUUCUCAAUCAUUCCUCAACAGUUAGUGGAUAAGAUACCAUUGCCAGAUUGUGUGUGUCUGAGUGAAACAGCCCUCGCCCCUCACUAACACCAGUGCAGCUCUCCUUCGGCAGCUCCAUUUCUGCUUUCCCGUAAUGUUUUGAUUCACUCCGCACGUGUAAGGGUAACUGAAAGGUGUUGACAUGCAGAUGCAAAGAGCUGGACCGCCGCUGGGGUGUCCCCUUCACUCCGGCUGCAGGGAAGGGGGUGCCCCACAGGCUCGGGAGGACGCUAGGUAGGACUUUGGCCCAGCGUAGCAGGUGGCAGGUAACUUAUUUCGCUUCAGAAGUGACUAUGUGAGAAGAAACGUGGACUGCACAGAGUAGAAAGUUCAAAUUAAAAAACAAACAAACAAACAAACAAACAAAAAAAACAGAAAAAAAAAAAGAAAACAAAAAAAAACACAAAAAAGCAGCUUUUCCUGGGCAUGGUUCCAGUUUUCUUUCUGAGGAAAAUUGCUUGCACUUAUCUAAUGGUCUUUACUUUCUUUUAAUAUAUAUAUAUAAAUUAUAUAUAUAUGGUGAAGUAAAAUUUUAAAUAUUUAGGUCAUCUAUUUAAGGCAUAAAAUAGACUCCAGCUUUGUUUCUUCUAGUUGUCCGUGAUUUAUUCCAAUCUUGGAGAUGAUUGUUUUCUUUCUGUGGUAUUUAUGCAUUAGCAAAUUGCUGUUCCAGAAGAAAUGCAUGAGUAGCAGUUUGUGGGUAUUUCACUCUGUUUAAUUCCCGAAUGCAAAUAUUUGUUCAUUUUGACUGUCGAUCGUCCCGGCGUUUCUGUAUUAACGGGAGACCCGAAAGGAGCAAACCCUCAUGUUGUAUCUCUCAGUGGAGUCCUACGUUCUGGUGGUCGCUGCGUCCAGUGGCUUCGAGUGACCUGAGGUGACGUGAGUCGCACCGCUGUCCUCCACCUCGCUGCGCCUCUCCCCUCGCUGUCGAUACGUUCAAUAGUCUCGUGCAUUCCAGUGUUAUUUAAUAUCUGCCUAAUGCCAAGAAAUAUUCAUUGAAAUAAAAGACUACUUUUCUUGUC